AUGUCCGAAACUGAAUCCCUCGCGACUCCCAAGUCCCCCGUCUUCCCUGACACCCUCUCGUCAGUCACCGCUCUCGCUCGGUUCGAGUUUGAACCCGGCAAAGGCAAUGAAGGAACGAAAGUUAUGAUGGUAGAGUGGCAAGACGACGAUCACACCCGCCGAAAAUCCGGAAACUGGCAGGUCUCGUGGUCCGGCAAACGCACUGUCUUUUCGGCAGACGACGCUCCCUCAGACAACAUUCGUCGAGUAUAUUUCCUCCUCCCCCCCGGUGCUAUGGUUCCUCCACAUAUUACUCUGGCCUAUCAUCCUCCUGUCGAUUCGCCAGGGACAGUGCCCACUCCGCUGAGAAUGACCGUCAAUCCACUCCCUGCUAUCUUCACUCCCGAGCUAGGUGCGACUGCAAAAGCCAGCGGCAAGAAGGGAGUUCUCCACACGUUAUGGGCAAAGAAGAGGCUUCAAGUUCUAGAGGAAGAGAUCAAGCAUGAAGAGAAACAUAACCCAGAAGGUGUAGCUUUGGAAAUGGCGCUCUCGGAACGCCAUUGGAUUGAGAGCAACUUGGGUGUGAUGUCCAAACCCCCACCUCUUGAUCUGAGGAACAUUCCCAAGUCACAAUCAGGCCCCAUCAGUCCUGGCAUACAAAGUCCCAAGUCUCCUUCUGGCACAAGGCUCAGUGAGAAGUUGAAAGGCCUUAGCAUCGGCACCAGCGAGAAGGAUCUGGCCGGCCGUGGACUUAACACGCCCACCCAGGAGGUCCAUCCACUUUCACCGGAGACUUCUGACAUGGCGUACUCCUCAUUCAGUGCUUUCCGUAACGACCCUAUGCCAGCCUUGGUGAAGAAGGUGGUGGCUCAAGGUCCACCCGAGCAUAUUAAAAAACAACAAGGGGACUCGCUAGCACAGUCCCUCGAUUUUCUCACUCAAAGACCCAAGGAUCCACCUCAAGAUGACCUUUUCGCCGUUGCUCUGAGCCCUCGAUCACCGGACGGCCCCAAGAGCCCGUUCUCCGUACCGAGUUCAGAAGUCGGCGCCUUUGCAAAGAUCAAGGGCGAAAGAUGA